AUGAAGCUUCUCUACCCCACCUCCAUCACCCUCGACACCAAAUCCCUCGAAGGCUUCAGCGUAACUCUCCAACCCUACGACGUGAAGCAACCCAUUCCACAGGAGCACACCGACGCCGAAAUCCUAAUCACAUGGACCAACACCUCUGACAAUCUCAAGGAUGCCGCAUCCCGACUCACCAAACUCCGCUGGAUCCAAUCCCUUGCCGCGGGCCCCAACGACGUCCUCAACGCCGGCUUCGACAGCUCCAAAAUCGCCAUCACUACGGGAUCCGGAUUGCACGACCGCACUGUCUCCGAACACACAUUGGGACUACUACUCAAUGCCGCAAGGCGAUUCUACGAAAUGCGCGAUUACCAGUUGCAGCGGAAAUGGCCUGGUCAUCUCGGUGGACCGCAACCGGAUCGGCCAAAGGGGGCGUUUACGACUUUGCGCGACGCAAAAGUCACGAUUUGGGGGUUCGGCAAUAUUGCCAAGACCCUGGCUCCGCAUUUGACUUCGCUGGGUGCCCAGGUCAAGGGUGUCGCGAGACGGCCGGGCGUGCGUGAUGGUAUUGAGGUGUAUAGCGAGGAUAAACUGGCGGAAAUCUUGCCGGAAACGGAUGCUUUGGUUAUGAUUUUGCCGGGUUCGGAUUCAACAAGGCACGCGCUGAAUGCUGAUCGUUUGAAACUACUGCCGUCGCAUGCUUGGGUCGUUAAUGUUGGGAGAGGCACUACUGUCGAUGAGAAUGCUCUUGUCGAGGCGUUGAAGAACAAAAAGCUUGGUGGCGCCGCUCUUGAUGUCUUUGAGAAGGAACCGUUGCCUGAAGAUUCGCCUUUGUGGACCGCCCCGAAUUGCAUCAUUAGCCCCCACGCUGCUGGUGGUCGGCCGCAAGAGGCAGAGGUCUUGAUUGCUGAUAACCUGAGGAGGUUCCUGGCUGGUCAGGAGUUGAAGAAUAAGAUCUGA